UGACUAUAACGACAGUGUGACCGUUUGGGAAACAUCUGCAGACACGUAUUUAUUUAGAUGUUUUUUAAUUAAAAAUUAAAUUGUGCUUGAACCAGGUAGCGCAAGCAGUUAUAAAAUAGCGCAGCACGGGCUCGAAAUGUUUGCCAACCUGAAAAACAAGUUGAUUGAAGAGGUGAAGGCGUCGCCAUCGAAAUUCCAGCAAUUUGCGAAUGCUGCACAGGCCGCCGUGAGCUCAUCGUCGAGCACAACACCCAAUUCGGACACCAACACCAGCAACAAUGAAAACUUCUUCAGCAUCACGGAGGAGGACACGCCUCAGAACUCGCCUUAUCGCAUCCAAAAACUGCCGGCCACAAGUGCAUCUUCGCUUCGCGGACGCUCGACUCAGUCCCUGAAUGGCGCCACUUCCAGGACCCGCAAGCUAUCCAACUCGUCCAUGGCCAGUGAUGUGUCCUUCCGCCUGCCCACCUACGAAGCACCAGCUGUCUACCACUUGCAAUCGGAUCUGGAUGAGACGAGCAGUGAGUUUGACGACUCCGCAUCGACAGCUCGGCUGGAUGUGAUUACCAAGGACCAGCUGUACGAUGCGUACAAGAAGUCCCUGGAUCGCUAUCACAAGUACCGAUGUCGCUACACGGAUCUAGCCAAAAAGUACAAGGAAUUGGAGCGCGACAGUUCUAAGGCGAGGUCUGUGCUGGUGGAGACGCAAGACAAGGCUCUGCGUCGGAUAAGCGAGCUCAGGGAACAGUGCACACUGGAGCAACAGGCCAAGGCUCAUCUGGAGGAGGCACUGCGUGUAGAGAUGGACGACAUGAGUUGCAAAAUGCAGGCGUAUCAGACGAAGCUUCAGCUGCUGGGCGAGAAUCCAGAGAAUAUUACGGCGGCUCUGGAGCGAAGUGGCCAGUUGCUGGACACAGAACAGCUUAUCGACCUGGAUGAGUCGGCCGGAAAGUCACCGCCGCCUGCAAAUGGCGGUUCCGGUGAUGGUGUUCCGGAUCUUCAGCGAUUACUUAAAGAUCGGGAAGAUCAACUUAAAAGUGUGACAGAAAAGUACGAAGCUCUCCGCAAGCAGGAGGAGGAGAAUGUCCUGCUCCUAGCCCAAACUAAACAGGCUAUUCACACGGAACUGGAGCACAAGGACACCGAGGUGCGCCAGCUUCAGGAGAAAAUAAAGCAUUUGGAAACUCAGCGAGAGUCCCACAGCAACGAAGCCAAGGAACAGUUUAAAAAGCUCCAGGCCGCAAAGCAGGAAGUAGAUGCCAAAUUAAUGGCCUCAGAGCACAUGCUGAACUCCCUGAAAGGAAAUUAUGCAGCCAAAGAGCAACAGGUGGCCGUCCUUGAAAAACAACUGGAAGUCAUUAAAACUGACAGCGAACAAAAACUAAAAGAUUUACAACAGCAAAACCAAGAUCGUGAAAACCAAGCAAGCGAUUCAAACGAUCAACUAGAAAAACUUCAAGCGGACAUAAAAGAGGUCGAAACAGAGCUUUUGACCAAGGACCAACUUUUAGAAUCCCUCAGAAGCGAACACUCAACGAACGAGAAAAAGUUAAAGGAUCUGGAAAAACAGCUGGCUAACCUAAAAAGGGAAAAUGAAACUAACUUGGAAAAGCUGCGACAAAGCAAAGAAGCUAGCGAGUCGGAAACAAACAAAACCAAUGAUGAGCAAAGGAAGUUACAAGAAGCAAAGGAGACAGCUGAUUCGAAAUUGGUUGAAUUGAAUGAACUUUUGAGUUCCCUCAAGAACGACCACAAAGUUAAGGAUGAGAAGUUGACGGAAUUGACAGAAAAACUCGAGACUCUUACAAAGGAAAACCAAAUGAAUUUAGAAAAAGUACGACAGGCAAACGAGCAUCGGGAGUCUCAAAGUUAUAAUUCUCAGGAAGAGAUAAAUAGACUACAAAUAGCUAAGGAUGAAACCGAAGCCAAACUUUUGUCCACGGAACUCAGUUUGAACGCCCUUCAGGCUGCACUCUCAGCUAAAGAAGAGCAAGCUUCAUCCUUGGAACAAAGCCUGAAUUCUUUAAAAACCGAGAGUGAGCACAGUUUGCAGGACCUGCGGUUGCAAAAUGAUCAGUUGCUCGAAAUAGUCCAGCGUCAUCAACAAAACGACUGGGAGGCUCAGCUUGGUCGGGCCAGAGAAGAAUUAAUAGCUGUUCAAUCGGAACGGGAGCAACAUACUCUUGAACUUGAAAAAAGCCUGGAAAUGGAGCGCGAAACGGUGGCCGCGUUAAGUUCUGAGAAAUCCACAGUAGAGGAACAGCAUAAGCUUAAACUCGAACAGCUACAGCGCGAAAUCCAAAUCCUCCAGGAUCAACAUGCUAACUCGGAGAGCGAAACUGUGGCUGCUCUGAAAUCUCAAUUAGAAACAGUUAGCCAGGAUUUGGCCAGUAGUCGGGCGACACUUCUGUCCAAGGAAAAGGAACUUAAAGCCAGUAGUAACAAGUUGAAUAAGUUAAAGAAGCAGCACGAGCAACAUCAGGCAAAAACAAGCGAACAAAGCGCCCGUGUUGAAGCACUGCAAAGUGAAUUAGCAGAGCGACUUAGCCACUCCCGCCAGGUGGAAAGCGAAAAGGAUGAGUUGCAGACACGCGUCACUGGAAUACUAGAGGAGAUUGGCACAAUGCAGACUCAAAUGCAGCAGGUUCAAGACUCACACAGCGAACUGGAACGUGAAAAGCACAAGCUGGAAUCCCGCAUUGAGUCACUGCAGCAGGAGCAGGUUGACAGCAGUGCUCAAGAUGAAAUAACCUCUGCCAAGUUGGAAGAAAUCCAGAGCGAAAAUACUAAGUUAGCGGAACGGAAUUGCCUUCUAGAGGAACAGGCAAAUCAUUUGGAAUCCCAGCUACAAGCAAAACAGGACGAGAUGAGCAAGGUUCAGGUGAAGAUGCAACAGGUUCUGGACGAACACUCCAAACUGCAAAAUGCCCAGGAACUUAUGGAUCACGACCACCGGACGUUGCAGGAUAAAUGCGAUGCCUAUGAAAAGGACAAGCUACUGACCAAGGAUACGCUGGACUGUCUACAGGUGGCUAGUGAGGAACUGCAGCGCGUAAAGGCCAAUUUGGAUCGAGAUUUGGAAGAACAGCAACAACAAUUGUUGGAGCUAAGAGAGCGUCAGAGGGAACAGGAGCAGCAACUAAAAGAUCAAGCCGAGCGAUGCGCGGAAUUAGAGGCCCAAAACACCGAGAGUGAGUCCCAACUGCAGGCCACUAUCAGCAAUCUUCGCGAACAGCUUGAUUCUUACAAGCAGUCAGAACAGGGCAUCCAGGAGAAGAUUGAAGCUACCAGUUCGUCCUAUGCCUCGCAGAUUGCCACCUUGGAGGCUCGCUGGAGUGCUGCCAAUUCCGAUGUGGAACGCCUUCACGAAGCCAACGAUGUACUGCAGCUGGAGAUGGAACAGUUGAAGAUCAAGCACAGCCAGGAUCGCGAGGAAGUCAAAGAGUCUAUAGCUCAGAAAAACCGACAAGUUGUAGAGCUGCAAGAAGCUAUGGCCUUAAGAGACCGUCAGCUAAAGGACAAAGUAGAUGCUUCCGAAAAGCUAGCCAAAUUCGAUGAAAUCCUAAUCGAGAAUGAGUACUUGAAUAAGCACACCAAACAAUUGGAGAAAGAGCUUGCUGAAGGUGUGGAACUUAGGGAGAAACUAAAAUCUUUGCAAUGUGAGUUAUAUGUUCUCCAGGAAAAGGCCGAACAGCAUGCCGUCCAAAUGUGCGAAAAAGAAACCCAAAGUGCAGCAGCAACGGCGGAGGUGGGUGAACUGAAAAGAGCCAUCGAGGAGCAGGCAGUCGAGUUAACGCGUCAAAAGGAGCAUGCGAGCUUUGUCACCGAGCAGAGUGACGCUGUACAAAAAGAUCUUCUGCAAGCGCAGCAGCAACUCCACGAUAAGGAGAACGAACUAUCGAAAAGCCAGGAAGAACAGAUAAGUUUGCAGGCGACGGUAGAAACCCUAAAUCAAGAGAUAACUAGUCUCAAGGAGCAGUUAUCCGCCUCAUCCGACUCUGAUAGUCUGCGCAGCCUUAACGAACGGCUGCAGCGAGAACUGGAAGACCUAAAGCAUAAGAGCGAUGGCACGGAGUCCAAUAUGCAGCAGGAGAUUGAGGAGUUACAAGCAAACAACCAGCAGAUGGCCGAGCGUAUCAACGAACUGGAAACGCUGCGAGCGGGCAUUCAGGCCCAGCAACUCCUCGCCAGCAUGGCUCCUAAAAACGUUCAGGAGGCGGCUGCUGCUGGAGAGAAGGCUGAGCUGGAGGUGAAACUAAAGGAUAUUAUGAACGAGGUACAGGAUGUGACGAAUCGUAACCUGUUCUUGGAGCAAAAAUGUGAGAACUACCUGAUACUCGAACAGUCCAACGAACGAUUGAAGUUGCAGAAUGCAAGACUUUCGCGGCAAUUGGAUGAAACACUCGUAUCCAUGCAGCAUAGCGAGGCUGUUCCAGCUAAUACAGAGUUCGAAUACUUGCGCAACAUUAUGUUCCAGUACCUGACUGGCAACACGAAUAACGAGACUCUGGUCAAGGUGAUAUCGGCGGUUCUUAAAUUCUCACCGCAGCAGGCCCAAGUUGCUUUGGAAAAAGAGCAUCAGAGGCGAUCGCUGCUGAACAAACUAAUCUAGCAUGAACUGAUGGCUCUCUAUGAUGGAGACUGGAAUUGGGAGCCCUGCCCAGCGUCGCUUCUAGACCGGAAAUAAAGUUGAAAUGAUUGGCCCGAAAUCACAAGUACCUUAUACCUCACCUCCGGCACAUGAGAAGGAUGGUUCAGGCUGACUCAGCAGGCAUUUCGAGUUGUAGAAGCAACUGAUGUGUGUAAUCCCUUAUACUAGAUCAAUGUUAUUGUACAGUCCACUAAUUAACUAUAGCUACUUCUAUCCAAAUUCAUGCUAAGCACUUUUGUACAUUUUGAUUACGCUUCUUUUGUUUCCGGCAUUUGUUGCUUGCUAUCCAUAUCCCAUCUCCCCACAUAAUCCCAAUCUAACCCUAAGUGCAAUUGAUUUGUGUAUUUUAGUUUUAAGUUGAAAUUUGUAAAGAUCCGCAGCGCAGUUGGCAUUUAGUUUAAUUCAAAUUCUAUACAAUUACAUAUAUAAAUAAAUAGUUGCAAUUCAUACAAGGAA